AUGCACUCCGCAUCGGGCGAGGCCGUGGCCGCCGCCAUCGCCGCUGCCACCGCCGCCGCCGUCCCGAGCACUGGCCGCCGCAGCAGCAGCCCGCCACCGCCCGAGGCGCCCGCGCCCGCAGCCGCCGCACCGGCCCCGGCCGCGCCGCUCCAGCGGCUGUUGAGCGGCGGCGGCGCGCAGGGCAGUGGCGGCGCGGGGGCCGCGGCGCUGGUACCGGGGCGCAUGAGCCGGGCGUCGUCGCCGUUUGAUCUCGAGCCCGGCGCCGGCAGCAAACUGCGGCACGCCAGCCGGUCCACGUCGCUCGAGGCGGGCGCGGCGGCGGGGCGGUGA